UACCACUAAAUCCAUCCCACCCUCCCCUAUGUAGAAAAUACAAAUUUAAUUGUUCCUCUCCAAAGUUUUUAAUCGGGGGAUGCGAUUUCUAGACCUGUUGCUCCUUUGGAAGAGCUCUAACCAACUAGGAUAUUCCUUUCUGGACUUAAACUUGUUUUUCAGCAUCUGAAGGCUAUUGUUAAAAGAGUUAAGAGAUGAGUUACAAUUGGAAAGGGUGAUUGCAUUCUAGAUGUAGCUGAAUCUGAUACUUUAAUUUUGUUACCAAAACAAGCGUGGGGCCUGAAAUUGCAGUAAACGCAGUUUUGGGAAUAUUUUAGUAAUUAAAUUUGGAAAAAGCAUCCUACACAGUUUUAUGACAAUUAUUUCUUUCCAAAGGAUAUAAUGUGACAAUGUUUACCAAUUUGUAUGAUGCUUUUGAGUGUAAAAUAUUGCUAGAUGCUCGUUUAGCAUGACUGCUAUUGGCUGUCUCUAAUGCCCACAGUAAUUGGCCCAUACCGCUCCGGAAAAUCUUUUCUGCUUAAUCAGCUUCUUUCCCUUUCUUGUUAUGAAGGAUUUGGUGUUGGGCACAUGCGCGACACAAAAACAAAAGGGAUUUGGGUUUGGGGCUCUCCACUGGAGUUGGAUAUUGAUGGCACGAAAACUUCUGUAUUUUACCUUGAUACUGAAGGAUUUGAAAGUAUUGGGAAGUCAAAUGUGUAUGAUGACCGGAUUUUUGCUCUGGCUACUGUAAUGAGUUCUGUCCUAAUUUAUAACCUGCCUGAGACGAUCCGAGAAGCUGAUAUAUCUCGACUUUCAUUUGCUGUUGAGCUUGCUGAAGAAUUCUAUGGAAGAGUGAAGGGACAAGAUGUUGCUUUUGAGCCAGCAAAGCUUUUGUGGCUUAUCCAGCGUGAUUUUUUGCAAGGGAAGUCUGUGCAAGAAAUGGUGCAUGAAGCUCUUCGACGUGUCCCUAAUGAUAAUGGAGACAAAAAUAUUGAUCAGGUUAACCAGAUCCGAGACUCUUUGGCUGUAAUGGGUGAUAAUAGCACAGCCUUUAGCUUACCGCAACCUCAUCUGAUGCGAACAAAACUCUGUGACUUGAAGGAUGAAGAGCUUGACCGAGCAUAUGUUAGAAAGAGAGAGCAAUUGAAAAAGCUUGUUGCUAGUGUCAUUCAUCCAAAAAUUGUUCAGGGCAAAUUUCUGAAUGGCAAGGAGUUUGUAGCAUUUCUCGAACAGAUACUUGAAGCCUUGAAUAAAGGGGAGAUCCCAUCAACAGGCUCUCUUGUGGAGGUUUUCAACAAGGGUAUUCUUGAGCGCUGUUUGAAGCUAUAUAAUGAAAGGAUGACGAAAUUACGCUUACCUCUAUCAGCUCAAUCUUUGCAAGAUGCCCACGAAAAUUCUAAAAUAGAAGUAAUGAAGGUUUUUGAUGAACAGCAUUUCGGCCGUCAUCACGCAAAGAAAUCUGUCAUGCAAUUGGAUGAAGAGAUACGAGAGGUGUAUAAGAAUUUCAUUCUGUCAAAUGAAUAUCUAUCCUCAAAGCUUUGCGAGGGACUAUAUACCAGAUGCGAGGACAAGAUGGACCAGCUUCAAGUUCUCAAACUUCCAUCCAUGGCCAAAUUUAAUGCAGGUUUCCUGCAAUGCAACCAAAGUUUUGAUCGAGAGUGUGUUGGACCUUCAAAAGCAAACUAUGAGCAGCGCAUGAUGAAGAUGUUGGGGAAGUCACGAUCUCUAUUUAUCAAGGAAUACAACCAGAGGCUUUUCAAUUGGCUGGUGAUCUUCUCCCUUGUCAUGGUUGUGAUUGGACGGUUUAUUAUAAAGUUUAUUUUGAUCGAAAUGGGAGCAUGGAUACUAUUUAUCUUCUUAGAGACAUACACAAGGUUGUUCUGGUCGGCAGAGUCUCUUUAUUACAACCCAGUUUGGCAUUUCAUUGUUGCCACUUGGGAAACGCUUGUCUACAGCCCUAUUAUUGAUUUGGACAGAUGGGCGGUUCCAAUCUGUUUUAUGUUUGCUAUAUUUAUACUUUAUUGGCGGUGUUAUGGGAAACGGAAACAUGGUUCACGCGGACUUUUGCCUCUGUACAACAAUAGUAGAGGUACCUCAAAUCGGCCGAGAUCAGACUGAAAGGACACAUAUUGACUCGGGGGAACAACGUGGGCGAGCUUUUCUCAUUUUAGGUAUGAAGCCUGCCGACCAAUUCUUUUUUAAUCUUAUAUCUUUUUCGUUCUCUCAAUCUGUCAAUCAAUCUGGAAUUUUGAAGGGGGUAAAGGAUGAUUUGAUGAUUGGCGUGGCGGUUCUUAUAGUUUCUGUAACUGUAGAAUUUACAGCAUUUUUAUUAUUAUUCAAUGUAAUAUUUUGAUUGUUUCAAAUGCCAUUUAAAUAUA